AUGCUCCCACUGGAAAUUACGGUACCAUCACUCCGGAUUUUGCAGGAGAACGGGCUCGCAAUAGAGGAAAAUGACCAAAUGUUACUACAUGAGCUCGACGCUUUGCCCGAAGAGAGAUUGCGAGCACUCGAACAUACGCGAGGUCAAAAUAAGAAAGUGGAAAGGGCCUUCCAAAAGCAUGUUAGAUCUCAGACCUUUCAGGAAGGUGAUAUGGUUUGGAAAGCCAUUCUUCUGUUUGGGCCAAACGAUCCGAAAUUCGGAAAAUGGUCACCCUCGUGGGAAGGACCAUUCAUCGUAUCGGCUAAGACAACUGGUGGCGCAUACGGAUUAAUGGAACCCGAAGGGAAAGAGUCGAAAACGGUCAUUAACGGCAAAUAUCUUAAGCAGUUCUAUCUGUCCGUUUGGGAUCUUGAAUAA